AUGUUCCUGACCUUAAAAAUGGACUACAUUAUCUAUAAUGUUGUCUUCGCAAAAAUUAAUUUUAAUGUAACCGCUGCAGAUGCUCUAAAACCUAAGAGCAUCCGUAGCAGUAGCACUUCAAUUAGCAAUAAAUUGAGUGCUCAUAAGCCACAUCUGAGGUUUAAAUCAGUAAAAAUAUUGAGGUUAAAUGUUCUCGAGACUAUCAGCUUUGUAGUGAGCAUAAUUUUUAAAAAAAUAACAAAGAAAAACGAUUUAAAUGCUCGGCAAGUUUUUAAAAUGAGCAUCUAUUUCCAUGCUCAAGGUCAUAAAAAUCACGGAGCAUGUAAAUACAUGCUGUCGGAAAUGCUACUGCUGCAGAAGAUUUUUUUGAAAAGCAUUUACAAAAAGCACUUAAAUCGGGAAAAACUAAAUUUAAAUGCUACUGCUGCAGAUGCUCUAAGCGACAAGUAG